GGAAAAACGCAAAAGGCCGGUUACGAGAGGAGUGGUUUUCUUUGCAUAGAGCGACCUUGGUUUGGCGGCGUCAUUCGCCGAUGAAGAGCUGCUCACUUUGCGCGCUUCUGGUUCAGAGAGCGUUUUCCGCCCGACUCGACCAGGUAUUUCUGGUGGGAUCUCGACCCGGUCACUGGAACUCGUCCGGGAGAGUGUGACCACGUCGGGUGUCAUCGUCUUGGCCGGCGACGUUGUGUAGAACCAGCAACGUGUUUCAGAGGUAGAGACACGUAUCUAUCACUAUGACGCCGAUGCUUCUGUGGACGAUCGUCGCUACGGUGGCCCUUUGGCAGUUUCCUUCUGCGCGCAGUCAGAACUGCAGUGAUAUCCAUUUGCGCUACCACGAGAACCACACGCUGUGUAAAUCUGAAGCGGGAUGCAAGCUUCAGGUGACCGGGAUCGAGGAAAACAUGAAGCAGUUCAUUCUCAAGCUGCAUAACCACUAUCGGAAUCUCAUCGCCUCUGGCAACGAAACCAACAUGCCGCCAGCCAGCAACAUGCUCGAGAUGGAGUGGGACGAUGACUUGGCGAGGGUGGCACAGGCCCAUGCUAGCCAGUGCGAAUUCGAGCACGACUGCCCUGCGUGCAGGCGAAUGGAAAAGUUCUCGGACGUGGGACAGAACUUGUGCCUGGACCGCACUACACGGGACAACCCCCAGCCGGACUGGGAGAGCUGCAUUCGGCGCUGGUACGACGAGGUGACCCUGUUUCCCAACAACACUCGCUCGCCCUUCCAGUUCGACGUGGUCACAGGACACUUCACGCAGAUGGUGUGGGCGACAACGUGGAAAAUCGGCUGCGGCUACGCCAGGUAUCCGUCCAAGGACCACCCUUUCGUGUACGACCUCCUCUACACCUGCGACUAUGGACCUGGGGGCAACUUUAUUGGUGGCGACAUGUACGAGGACGGAGAAGCGUGCUCUCAGUGCCCCGAGGGAACUUGUUGCGGCGGCUCGUGCGACGAACAAGGCAUCGAAAGUAGAUUCAAAAGCUUAUGCAAGCCAACAACUCCCGACGGCCCGAGUACAGCGGUGUCAAGAAACGGCUUGAUAUGGGCCUGCCUCUUCAACAACGAGACCCAGGAGUCAUGCAAGAUCACGGAUGACCCACCACAGGCUUUUAAACACAGGACGCUUUUUUCGUCUGGCUUCCUGGAGACGGUUGUGGAAGGCGGACAGCGUGCAGAGGUUACCUUCAGCCGGUUAAUCAAGGGCGGGACAACGCCGUUCUGCAUGACGAUCGAGUACAGCAAGGGACCCAACAUGGCCGGCGAGCGCUCCAACAGCACCCUUCGACUGUUCCUCACGUCGCCCGCCCUGCCUCUGUUUCAAGUGGACGCGGAGAUGGGCCGUGGAGUUUCCGGACACCAGACUUACGGUUUCUCCAUGGACAUCAGCCUUCCCGUUCAAAUCGGUUUUUCGUUUUCUGUUCCGGAGAAUUCUACAGCACAGUACUUCAGCAUCUACAAAGUUGUAAACACUCACGGUGCAUGCCAAUACUGAGACAUGCGAUUUUCUUAUGUUUACGUUUAGAGUUGAGUGCUAUCCCCUCGUCCUCUUGUGCACUUUUGUGAAAUGUACGACGAGCACAAUUUAAUGCUCAGUCUGUUACGCCGAUGACUUCUGUAUUAUAUUCUUGUCUAGUGUAAUAUAUUUCACUGAACAAACUGAAAAUAUUGUUGCUUUUUAGCGCAAGCCUCACUGGCUGUAUUAUUGAGCAUCUUUUUUAUAUAAUGGUUUGCAUUUUACUUUACCAUCAGUUGUUUUUAUUUAGCUCCUAUAUUUUCAUCAUUCUCGUUUUUAGCCCAACAUAUUUCAUGAUGAUGGUAGUCUGCCGGACGCAACCAUGUACACAAGAAAUGUAGACCACUGUACAUCUCGAUAUCAUUCCAUUAUAACGAAAAGUUGUGCAAUAAAUAUGUGAAAAGAAUAAAGCUUUUUUGUGAAAAAAAAAGAUGAAACUCUCACAAA